AUGACUAUAAAAGCAAUCGUGCUGUUGUACUUAGUUGGGUUGUUUGAACUUUCAUGGCAACAUAAUCAAAGCUUGAAAUGUAAUCGUUAUGUGACUCAGAGCACAAGUUACAGUCGAUCUGGAGCUUCUUUCUCUUUGGGACCGCAUUUCAUAUGCGAUGUGGAAAAUGUUAAAGAAGCUUCUGAAGUCAGAGUGCUUAUUGAAGAAAUAUCAAAGCCAGGUCUUGCCGCUAAGAAUCCCUCUGAAAUCGGUGCAAUCGUUUUCAAGGCAUCAACAUUGUUAAAAAUUCCUACUGAGAUUUUUAAAGAAUUUACAAACUUGACUUCAUUUGCUGCAAACGAUGUUCAAUUGCGGCUUAUAACACGUGAUGAUUUUAUGGAUGCGCAUAAUCUUGCAUCGCUUUCAUUAAGAAAUAAUUUAAUUACAAGUCUCGAAGAUGGAAUAUUCUUAAACAUGAAAAAUCUACGAAGUUUAGAUUUAGCGAGAAAUUUGAUAACAGAAAUCAGUGAAAUGACAUUUAUUGGAUGUGGUGAUAAUUUGUAUAAAGUUGAUUUGUCAUUCAAUAAAAUCAAAGAGAUUGAUUACGCCACUUUAGCACCGCUGGCACAUCCGAAAAAGCUUCCUGUCGAAUUAAACUUAAAUUCCAAUGAAAUAAGAUUUGUUAAGGAAAGCCAUGGAGUUUCUCAUCUUGUGUUCGAAGACUUAAGUCUGGAAGAUAAUUUUAUUCGAUCAUUUUCAUGUCCCGAUGUGAAAAUCACCGAGCUGUACUUAAACAACAAUCUUCUUGAAACAGCCUCAUUCGAUAAUUGCUCGGUUGAGUACAUGGCAGUGACAAACAAUAAGCUUAAGUGGCUCCACAUUCAUAAAGACUUAAAAGGAUUGAUUGCGCCAAGGAAUAACAUUGAAAGUUUCUUUGUGAAUGGUGAUUCAAAAAUGUAUCAUUUCGAUUUAUCGGACAAUGGACAAAUCGAGCAUGUUUUUCCAUCUCUUAAAUCGAUGACCACGAUGCAAUAUCUCAACUUGUCUCAUUCAAUUGUAGGCAUUCUUCAUGAAGAUUCUUUCGAAAAAAUGACUCAACUCAAAUAUUUGUAUCUGAAGAAUUCAGGAAUUCAAAUAAUUCCAUUUGGAAUUUUCGGUAACAAUAAGCACUUAAUGACUUUGGAUCUGUCUGAUAAUGAGCUUGAAACCGUCGACCUGCACAUGUUUACUGGAUUGGAGAAAUUGAAAACACUCGAUUUAAGUGGAAAUAAGUUGAGUGCUAUUGAGGGACUUGAGAGGAUAAAAACUGUUUUGCCAGAAUUAAGAGAAAUUGGAAUUUCACGAAACAAUUGGAAGUGCUUAAAUUUGUCGGUUUUGAUAAGAACCCUUAAUCAAUUGCAAAUAAAGGUCGCAGCUGAUGAGCCAACUGAGCUUAGAGAACCAAGAGGAGAAGACCAAGGAAGUAUUUCUGGUGUUGAGUGUUACUGA